GGCAGCCGCACGGUCCCCAGCCGCCUCCCGCCGGCGCUCCCAUGGAAAAAUCCAAAAAUUUCCGCAUCGACGCGCUGCUGGCUGUCGACCCCCCCAAGGCGGCGGCGGGGCAGAGCGCGCCGCUGGCCCUGGUCACCUCGCUGGGCGGCAGCGGUAGUAGCAGCAGCGGGAGCGGCAGCCCGCCCUCCUCGUCCUCCUCUUCCUCGUCCUCUUCAUCCUCCUCCGAGCACCCCGCCGGCGGCCCCGCCGACUGCCUGCGCACCGACAGCCCCUCUCCGCCGCGCCUCCUGGCCGCGCACUGCGCCCUGGUCCCCAAGCCCGGCUUCCUGCCCGGGGCGAGCACGGGCUCCCACCCGCACCACCACGCCUCGGCCGCCGGCAUGGCCCUGGGACUGCACCCCGCGGCGCCCGGCGGGCCGGGCAUGCCGGCGCAGGCGGCUCUCUACGGGCACCCGGUGUACGGGUACUCGGCGCUGGGCGGGCAACACCCGGCGCUCUCCUACCCCUACUCGCAGGUGCAGGGAGCGCACCCCUCCCACCCUGCCGCCGACCCCAUCAAGCUCAGCGCCGGCACCUUCCAGCUGGACCAGUGGCUGCGGGCCUCCACUGCGGGCAUGAUCCUGCCCAAGAUGCCCGACUUUAACUCCCAGGCUCAGUCCAACCUCCUGGGGAAGUGCCGCCGGCCCCGCACGGCCUUCACCAGCCAGCAGCUGCUGGAGCUGGAGCACCAGUUCAAGCUCAACAAGUACCUCUCCCGGCCCAAGCGCUUCGAGGUGGCCACGUCGCUCAUGCUGACCGAGACACAGGUGAAGAUCUGGUUCCAGAACCGGCGCAUGAAGUGGAAGCGCAGCAAGAAGGCGAAGGAGCAGGCGGCACAGGAGGCCGAGAAGCAGAAGGGGGGCGGCGGCGAGGACAAGGGGGAUGAGGAUCUGCUCCUGCCCGCCCCAGAGAAGAGCGCCGGGAGGAGGAUGCGGGAGCUGCCCGACAGCGAACCUGAGGACGACGAAGAGGAGGAGGAGGAGGAAGAGGAGGCGGCGGCGGCCGGGAGGUGCUGCCCGUACCACUCCUCCGACUGUUCCGAGGCGGACGAGGAGGACACGCAGCCCCGGGGCCGGCACGGAGCCCCGGCACAGCCCCAGUGAGCCCCCCGCACGUCCAGCUCCCUCCAGCCGUCCCGCUGCGGGGGUGUCCCGCCGCUCCUGGUUGGCACCAGUCCCGCUCCCCCCUUGUUCUGAUUUCUCCCUGCUUGGAGAGGGAUGCAGAAGAGGAUCCUCCGCAUGCCGGCGGGGAAGAGGAUUUAUCGUGAAUACAGUGUUAUUACUGACUGAAAACCAGACAAAACUUGAGCUACCCCACCUCCCAUCCCUGCCCCCUGGAAGCGCGUUCCUUUUGCUGAGUAUUGGAAAUGUUUUGUUCUUCCUAUAUAUCGGGAAAUCUGUUUAUGUCAUGAACGUUAAAACUGCUGGAAAUCUCAAUACUGUCUUUAUUUUUGUAUAUCGUAUUUAUAAAAAAAAAAAAAAUUACCUCUACUUAUGCAUGCUAAAUUAUUCCCCAGGUCCUGCCUCCCGUGCGAUGGGGAGGGAAAAUAAACGGCGUUUUUUACUGGAGGUGUAUGAGCGCUGUGUGAGGGGAGGAUGCUCGCUGCCCCCGGGCCAAGGCAUCCCGCUGCGCUCGGGAGGGAGCGGGGCACCGCUUCCUAACCCAAUUUAGCCCAGCGCCACAACUGCCGUGUAAUAUCUGAUAUUGAGAGGACAUUCCCGAGAGGAGCGCCUCAGUAGAGGGGCGAAGCUGCCCCCAGCAAUAGAGCUGCCGGUGCCAGGCGGGUUUCGGGGAGGCGAUGGCGA